CUUCAAGCCAGAAUUUGGGAUCUGGAAUUGAGCGGAUCUGCGGGGAGAUAUAUUCCGCGAGACACAUGAUGAGGUCUCUGUCUCGCUCUCUUUUUUUGACACAACCUCGGUAUGACUGUAUAACAUUGCAAUCACCUUGGUCCAUGUCCUAUGCACCGUGAGACAUGCAGUCAUUCCAGCAUUGUUAUUGCUGAUCGGCGCUGGCUUAUCGGGCCCUCGGCACCUGCCUAAACCGACGUGGCCCGCCCGAUCGCGCCGUCCUCAGGCCGUCUUCAGGCUGCCCUCUCGCCUCUUCCGUCUCACCGAAGCGGCCUUCCAACUUCCCCUCCUUCAAUCAUCCAUCUAGACUGCUGCACUAUAGAGCUGACCCCCAAUCAUCCACUCUUUGCUUUCCACCAUCCGUUUCCUGUGUGUAGCCUAAGAUCCAUAAUCCUCCCCCAAGAAACAGCAACCAGCCCCGAUGGCCUGGUACAGCCAAACCAUCGAGUCCCUCUCCCAAACAGUGGGGGACGCCCGAACCCACCUUCCGCUGCUGGCCGUGACAGGGGCCUCGUUCACCCUGGGCCUUCUCUUUCGCUCACUCCUUUCCGACGCACAGCUGGAGAGCACCGUGCUGGACUCCCCGCGGAAAAAGGUCUUGUCCGUGCCCGCUUCGGUGAACCGGGAGCUCCCUCUGCCUGCGGACGUACUCCCGGGAGCCCGGGACGUGCCAACUCCGUAUGGAUCCCUGCGCGUCUACGAAUGGGGCCCGGAAGAUGGCCCCAAAGUUCUACUAAUCCAUGGGAUAACCACUCCCUGUAUCGCACUGGGCGGACUGGCCCAUGCCUUGGUUGAUCGGGGCUGUCGAGUCCUGCUAUUCGACCUGUUCGGUCGUGGCUACUCCGACAGCCCAUCUGACAUCCCGCAGGAUGAUAGACUCUUCACCACCCAAAUUCUGCUCGCUCUGAACUCUUCGGCCCUGUCAUGGACUGGCGCCAGCUCUGGUAGAUUCUGCUUGGUGGGCUAUUCAUUGGGCGGCGGUAUCGCUGCGUCCUUCGCGUCAUAUUUCCCCCAAUUUCUCUCCUCGCUGGUGUUGCUGGCACCCGCAGGCUUGAUCCGUGACUCUCAGAUCAGUUUCCAGUCACGGCUUCUCUAUUCCAACGGUCUUGUCCCAGAGCGGGUGCUAGGCUUCCUUGUCGGACGUCGCCUCCGUGCCGGUCCUCUGACUGUCCCGAAAACCAAGGGUAAGAAGCUUAGUGCCGAGGACGCGCUCACUGAGGAGUUGCCCACGCAAGGUGCGGCAGACGUCCAGCGAUUGUCUCGGACGUACCCAAACAUAAAUGUCCCCGAUGCUGUGAAAUGGCAGGUAAACGAACAUGCUGGAUUUGUCCACGCUUUUAUGUCCAGCAUGCGGCAUGGACCGAUCUUGCAACAACGCCAGAGGGAAACCUGGGAACGCCUGGGAGCAUUCCUGUCGGCGCAGAAGAAGCUUUCUCAUGAGGACCAGUAUAUCAACGGUCUUCCGAGUGACAAGGUUGUCAUCAUGUGUGGCGAUAAUGACUCCGUCAUUGUGAAAAAUGAGUUGGUUCCCGACGCUACUUCGGCUCUUCAAGGGCAAGUGACCUUCAAAUACUUCGAUGCGGGCCACGAAUUCCCGAGUACGAAAUACGAGGAAGUGGCGCAGCACAUGAUGGAAAUAAUGCAUUGAAGUGUUCGACAUAUGAAACUAUCUGACAAGAUUAUCGCUUCCAAUCCGAUCUCACAGGAUUCUGCUCUUUUGGAUAUAUGCUGCCUGGAACAACGUCGCAGCCCUGACUAUAGUCUCUAAUAGACCCUGUAUAUAAACUUUCUCCCCCUGCUUUCCUUGAUACAUGGGAAACAUUCUCUCAUAAUGACUGACUUUUCGCUCUUUCUUCUUCUCCUUCCAUAUUUUUUCGCUUUGUUUUUUGUUUCCGGUUUGGUAUUUGUUCAUUUUUUCAAGAUCUUCUCUGUCGCGUCGAGCUGGCUGGUGAGGCGUGAUAAGUGAUCAGAGCGAUCUUGGAUCCGU